GACUUGAACUUCCGCACAUUUGUGUCGAAAACAGACAAACAGACAGACAGCCACGAUCAACCUCCCGAACAUCCAACACCACCCUGAAUGGGAUAUAGACACAGGUCCUCCAUCCCUAACUGAGGUUACUAAAGCUGUCACCAAUCUGAAACAAGGCAAAGCAGCAGGACCUGAUGGAAUGACUCCAGAGGUAUUCAAGUACGGUGGAGACAGCUUACUGUCCGGAUUAACUGAGGUACUAGGCAGCGUCUGGGAAUCAGAAGUCCCAUCGGGUUGGUGUAAGUCACUGAUUAUCCCCAUAUACAAGAAGGAAGACAAGUCUUCCUGUGAUAAUCACAGAGGGAUUAGCUUGACUAAUAUAGUAUCUAAAGUCUUAGGCUCAAUAAUCAUGCGUAGACUAAGUGGUCCUCAGGAGGCUCAAACACGAGAGAGCCAGGCAGGCUUUAGACCAGGAAGAGGGUGUAUUGAUCAUAUCUUCACCCUCCGACAGACUCUAGAACAUAGGAAUUCCUACCGGCGUCCAACAGUCAUUAUAUUUCUUGACCUAAAGGCGGCAUUGCACUGAUUAAGGCACUCUACUCGUACUCAUACAGCCAGGUGAGGGCUUACGGCGAGCUGUCAUCUGAACUGGUGACGACCAGUGGUGUCCGUCAAGGAUGCCCAUUAUCCACUUUUCUAUUCAACUUCAUCAUAGAUGUGUUAAUGGACUUAACCCUAAGUGACUUCGGCGACUCAGGGAUUGACUUGCUACCUGGGAAUAAUCUCGUUGAUUUGGAAUAUGCAGACGAUAUAGUCCUUC